GAAUCACUGCAAGUGCGGAGACCGAUAAUUAAAUAGCUGACGCUGUUUUUGAAGCCCCUCUACUAACGCGAUGGAAGGACGAUGUGCAGCGCACGUCGGGAAUGGUAGUCCUCCUAGGCUGUCCAGCGAGGUGUAAGAAAGGUUGACUUCGAUUCCAAAAUACUACAGGAACCAGCAUUCCCCGCGAAGACGCCGAGGGAAGCGCCUGUCGGGACAAUCGAACAGGUCGCCGGUAAACUAAGUAAGCGGUUAGUCUUGUGUGCUGCUCAGGCUUCUGGCAGCGUCUGCUGUGUUGUCCGGCCUAGGGUGGGAUCGCGGAGCAUUUCCCUUCCUUCCCUAUUCCCCCUUCUCGUGAGGCGGAUGUUGGGCCUAGUGAUUGUCAGUGAUAGGCACGCACAAUCACAGUAUGUUACAGAGCAUCGGUCUGACCCUGCUGGUCUUGGUCGCCACUCUCCUCUGUGUCCUACUCUUCAUGUUGUUCGGUUGGUAUGUAGUUUGGCAGCUGUUCCUGUCCAAGUUCAAGUUCCUUCGUGAACUCAUAGGUGAUACCAGCUCACUCCAGGGAGACAGCGACUCGUCAGAGAAUGUAAGCAUAGGAGAAUCGUCAUCUACACCUCCAGGGCAUAGACCUAAAUCAACACGUCUACGGAGACCACCGGUUGAAGGCAGCACAUAGAAAACCAAACUGCUGCAUUGUUCCACUCAUUUGGAAUUACUCACUUGGCAUUUAAGCACGACUUCAGUCUGUGAUUGACAUGCUGUGCUUUAUUUGAUUGUUUGACUUGCUAAAAAUACAAUUUCUCAUAUAUGGAGAAAUUUACAUAUGUUUGGGUCACAUUGAAAUAAUAAUGCUUACUUUAAUUUGUCAACAUAAGGUUAUCUAUUUCUCUCCCAUUGCUCAAUGAAUCAAUUUACAAUUAAUUAGUAGGUCACUCAGUCAUGAGUCAAAUUGUGCUACCAACUAACACUAAUUUUACUGGAUAUGAUUCCACUAUCUGAAUUACUGAGCUAAAUACUAAAAAAAAAUUGUCGUGAAAUAGCAUUUUUAAAAAUGUUAAUAUCAUUUGAACUUCGCUUUAGGUUCUAUUUUUUAAAAACUUUUCAUGUAAUUAUGAAGAACACAUUGAGCAUGUUUACAUAAUGGUUAUUCCAUUUGCUGCUGCAUCUUGCUUAUUUUUAUGUCAAUUGAAACAACCUAACUUGCUUUCAUUGGAAUUAGUAAGAACAUAAGACCUACCUAAACUAGCGUUUUCUUUAUAAACAAAACAAGGUUACUAUUAGCAAUCAGGAGAGACGUGUGGAAUUUUAGUUUUCCGAACAGUUGACUGAAAACCAGAAAUGGGUCCUGCCUGCUAAAAGAGUGCUAAAGGGAUGUACACCAACAACUAUUUGAAUUGUGUGCCACCUGUGGCUGGGUUCAGUAGCACCUGGCUUGAUGUCUACUGUUUGUUUGAUGGACACUUCCUUUCACCUAGUGCAAAACAGUGAAGAAAAAUGAUGACAACAAAAGAUCAGAGCCCCUGUGAGGUGGAAAGUAGGCUCUUCCAAAUGUGCCCGAUGAAACAUAACCUCUGAAAUACAUGAUUUAAUUUUCUGGGCAAAGACUUCAAAGGAUUAAUUUAGAGGGAAUGAUGUAAUCCUCUGCACGACUGACCAGGAAAUUAUGUCAAGCAUACAAGGCUGUAGCAUCACUGGAAUUCCCAGAUCAAAUUUCCAGAAUUGCAUUAUUUGACACAGAAAAGGCUACAGUCAUGCUCCAUUCUGAAAGGAAAUUAUUUUCAUCCACUUUGAACUGCAGAAAGCAGUUCUGUCUGAAUCUGUCUGAAUUUCUAGGCCAUAGUUUAUUGUUAGCAUCCUUUUUGGUUUAAUUGACUAUGAUUACUUUGUGGAUUCCAAAAACUUUGAUUUAUUCAUCCAUUUUGACAAAAUCUGCCUUACAUUUUCAAGGCAGUUACAAGCUGAUAAAAUGCAUAAAUUAUAUAGAAUUUCAUAAUCAUGCAAUGUACAGUUUGAGGCAUACUUAGUAAUUGCUUUGACUGAACAUUGUAGUGGGUGUGGGGGAUUGUCCUUUGGCAUCUGUUUGGAUCUAGGCCCAAUUUACAGGCGGUGUCUAGAGUGACAAUCACAUCUAUGUGCCAACAGCAAACUUUGUCAAACAGCUGGAAUUAAAGGUGUGGAAAAUGAAAAAAAAUUGUACUGUAAAAUGACUCUUACAUUGAGUUAAAGGUGCAUCAUUGAAGUAGAAAGCAGUUCUCUGCAAUAGCUGACUUUGAAAUGUUUAAUGCUACUUCAAGCUGUCAAUAAAUCCAUUCCACAGGAUUGAUUUUUUCCUUUAGUUAUGAAUGGAGGAACUUAUUUUCCUCCCUCUCUGCUCCUUUCCCCCCAUCUCUUUAAUUAAAAUAAUAAUUGCUGUCUUGUCUGUGUUUCGGAAAAAAACAAGAUACAAAUAAAAUGAUGUAAACUAGGUCAAGGUGGGAAGUGAGGGAGAGAUAGAGGCAAUUAAUUUCAGACUGAAGGUAAGACAGGUCUUGCUAAUAGUUGGUUUCCCCAUCAAUUUUGCAGUAUUCAUUCAAGCUCGUCAAGGCUUUUUGUGGCAAGACUGUAUAGAAUUCAUUCAUAGCCCAUCACCCCAACUGGGGCAAAGGCCAUCAACAGCAGUUUGCCAAAGUCCGCUGUCCUGAGCCAGUCUUUUAACUUGUCCCUGUCUUCUUAGUGUAUCUUGCCUCUCCCAGGGAUAUGCCUUUGGAGCUUCUGUUGGCAUUUCUGUAGCACUGGGUUUUCACGGGAUAGGGUUGCUUACCCCAUACCCAGUCCUCCUUUUCACAGCUAGGCUUGGGACCAUCCACAGUGGAGUUGUAUAUUGGAUGGUGCUGGUUUUUGUUUUGCAUACUAUAUGGUUUAUCAACACAUCCACAGAUUACCUCUGAAGGGUCACGGCAGGAAACCUUUUUUUAUUUUCUAAAUGAACUAUAGAGAAAUAGGCUUAUUUUAUUUGAAAUUUUAACUUCUUUUACAUGAAGCGUAUUGAUAUUGGGUAUCUCAGAUGUAGACAAAACGUGUAUAGAGAUUUUAUGGUAAAAAGAGGGAUUUAAAAAUGUAUAUUAAUGAUCACAUGAACAUUAUACAAAAAAAAGUUACCCUAAUGUUACUUGCCUCAUCAUCUGUCCUAAACCUCUAUGACUUUGUCACAAUAAAUCACUCCAUAUUUCUGGCUGUUUACUACGCCACUGUUGUAUCAUGGUGCCUGUGCUAUUUUUCCAGCAAAGCUAGUACUUUAUUACCUGUGGAUCUCACUCCAUCAGCUAUCCUCUAGGGCUGGCGUUCCCAACUUUUUUUUAUGCCGCGGUCCCCUACCAUUAACCGAGGGGUCCUGGACCCCAGGUUUGGAACCUCUGCUCUCGGGUACAAAUUGCACUGCCAUAUAAAGUUCCAUUCAAAUUUUCUUGCCUGUGAUUCUUUGUCCCUCACCCCAAUUUCUGCAUUUUCUAUGGUUUAGCUCAGCUCAGUUCUCUCCCUUUUAAUGUGGAUGGUGCUCCUUGGUAACAUUAGCACAGGAUCAGAGGAGACUGCAGAUGCUGGAAUCUGGAGGAGGUCUGCUGGAAGAACUCAGUAGGUCAAGCAUUGCCUGUGGGAGGAAAGGAAUUAUUGACGUUUUGAUUUGAAACCUGUAUAUGAUGCAGUGUUUUGUCCCAACCUGUUAAUGAUUUAUUUCCUCCUAUAUAUGCUGCUUGAUCCUCUGAGUUCUUCCAGCAGAUUGUUUGUUAGCACAAGAUCAAUUCCCAGAAAUUAAGUCACCUAUCUUUGUCCUUCUCCUGUCUACUCUCCUUAACCCCAUAGAUGCUAUCAUUCUGUUUGAAGGAAAACCUAAUUUUCUCCAUUUCAACAGUGGUAUUACUGUCAUGCAGCCUUUGAAAGAAAUAUUUCGUAAGUCUGAUUUUUUUUCCUAUAGUGAGUCAAUAACAAUGGUUUCCUAUUUGAAGUAAAGACCAAUAGAAGAGAGGCUGUAGAGAAACUUAUUGUUGCGGAAAGGCUCUGCAGUACUGUUUUAGUGCAGAGUUGUUGAGGUGGAGAAAUCAAAUAAACAGCUGAAAUAAUAUAAUAAACAGAUCAUGGCAGAAGGAGUACUUUUUCUAUUGCUGUGAUACGGAGCCAGCAAAGAGCUUGGAUGACUUCAUUUUGUGUUUGGAAUUUUAACAAAAAUUGCUUAUUUUGUUCACAAAUUGUCAUCUACCAGAUCACUUGUCUAACUUUAUUACCUUUUGGUUUGAGUAGCAUGACCAGAAUCCAUUUUGAAGAUUGUCAUCUUUCAGCUUGAUCCCAGUAACUUGUUCCAAAAUGGUACCCUGUGUAAAUUCCAUCUUUUACAAAAUUUUUCAGUUCUUCAAUUUGUAACGCUUUCAUCCUCCAACCAUGAUUCAUUGACUUUAAAAUUAGCUCUACUCAUCCAUACCUGGAUAGUCUUGAGAAUAUUUACAAUCCAUACUCUUCUGACUCCGUGUAUACGACUCAAUUUCACCCUUCCUUACUGCUCUACCACAGUCCCUGCUCUCUGCAGCUUGCUGCCUAACAUCUUUUGUGUUACUGUGUCCCUAUCCACAUUCAGAACAAACUUCCCUGAUUGUCCUUUCAACCAUCUCCCUGUAUUUUGUCCAUUUGUCCUCUGAGGUGCCUUUCAUUACUGGAAAGGCUCUACAAAACUGAUCGAUGCUUAUUUGAAUGCAUACUACUUUUUGUUUCAGGAGAUACUUGAGCCAAUAUUUAUGGGGGCAGUGUUAGUGAAAAAAAUACAAGUCGAGGGAUGCAAAGUUUCUGCUGAAUUUAACACCAGAACCCCAUCAUUUCAAUCCUAUUUACUGCUCCUAUAAUCUUGUUGAUUGACAUUCUCUCUUUCCACUUUAGGAAAACCAGUCGAACGCUGUACUAGGAAACUGAGUAGGAGAGGUUGUGGAUGGGGUAUUGUGAAUGGAGCACUAAAUUAGGAAUUGUGAGGGGAGAUGCUGGUGAGAGAGACCUGGGCCAGAUUGGGGGAGGGCCUGUGGUGAUGACAGGGAAGGAGGAGACCACGAUUGGGCUGUGGGGUGGGGAAGCCUUGCUAUUUCUGUAAUUCUGUAACAAAGUCUUUAUAUUUUUGAGGCUAGAAGCUACUACAUGCUCUUCAUAGCUGCAUUUACAAAGCCCAAGAAACAACAGGUGGCACCUAUUAAAUUUAAAUCUGGCUCUUCUAAUAUAAAUAUGUUAUUAGAAUAUCUACAAUGAUUUAAGAAAUUGUUCACUACUUCUAAAUUCCUAAUGCCAUUCUCUUGUCUGUCAUGAAGGGUAUAUUAUCAAGGUUAAAUACUUAGAAGGUGAAGAUCUGAUUUUCCUCAACCUUUAUUUGUAUUAUCAAAGAGGCUACCUCAAACUCUAUAAAUGGUAGGUGCUUGUGCUUUCGUGGAAGUAACUUUAGAUUAAAAACAUUUAUAAAUACAGAGUGAAAUGCAACUUUGUAUUAAGUGACAAAUCUAAUUUUGCAUUGAAACCAUUAUAUGUUUUAAAUUUGUUUCUGGUUAUAUUUGAAUCUUAGUUUGAAUCCAUGUUACAUUUAAGUUAUUAGAAUGCAAGUUGGACUGUUUACUUGACUGAAGGAAUGCUUUCAUAGUUGUAUGGUCAUGUUCAUAUAGUAUUAUAGACAAAAGUCACUUAACAAAGCUGAUGAGUGUUAAUAAUGUCCUUGGUAUGUUUUCUGUUUCUUAAACUGACUGCUGUAAUAGAAACAAUGAAAUAAAAUGAAAG